CAUGUCAAAUUCCAAACAUGCGCCAGAAAGAGAAACACCGCAAAAACAUAUCGAUUACUGUUUACAAUUUAAUCAAUGGUUUCUCAAGCCAAUCGGGGCGUGGCCAGAAAUAAAUGAUCCGAGUCCAGGGUGCAAAAUCAUGAUAUUACUACAAAUUUUCAUUUGUACAAGCAUAAUAGCAGUUCCUACAGUAACGUGUAUCUUGUAUGUGUUACUUGAAACAGAGAAUGUCCAGCAAAAACUGAGUACCAUAGGACCACUGCUGAACAGAUUUAUGAGCUCGAUGCAUUACUGGGUGUUGCUAAAGCGCAGCGAUGAUAUUCACAAACUAAUACGACAUAUGGAGAAAGACUGGAGUCUCGUGCAAAGGAUCGACGAACGUGAAGUGAUGCUGCAACAUGCCAAGUUCGGCCGUUUCGUUACUAUAAUCUGUGGAAUAAUGAUGCAGGGCGGUUGUCUACUGUUCGGCUUAGGGCAAUCGAUGAGAACUGCUACCAUCACCAUCGGCAACGAAACUUUUACAACGCAUCUGACGACGUGUCCGAUUUACAGCAAAAUCAUCGAUACAAGAUUUACCCCUCUAAAUGAAGUCGCCAUAGUUCUGCAAAACGUGAUAAUAUUAAUAAUAAGUUUCUGUACUGCCGGUGGCUGCAGUUUGGCUGCUGCCUUCGCGAUACAUGCUUGUGGUCAGUUGAAUGUACUGUACAUGUGGCUGCAUGAACUAGUUGAAAAUCAGGCGACAGAAAAUAAUAAAGCUCGACAAAAACUGACUGCUAUCGUAGAACAUCAUUUAAGAAUUUUGAGUUUUAUAUCACAAUUGGAAAGUAUUAUGCAUAAAGCCGCUUUUGUGGAAUUAACGGGAUGCACGAUAGCACUGUGCUUGCUUGGAUAUUACACUGUUACGAUUUGGGAAGCACUUGAUACAGCAAAAAUAACAUCUUACCUUUUUUCGUAUUUAUCAAUGAGUUUCAAUAUUUUUAUAUACUGCUACAUCGGAGAAAUUGUCACAGAACAGUGCAAACUUGUUGGAGAAAUGGCAUAUAUGACUGAUUGGUAUAACCUACAUCACACAACUGCACGUGGUCUCAUUCUGAUUAUUGCCCGAUCGAAUAACGUAGUUAAGAUCACAGCGGGAAAAAUUUUCCAUUUAUCCAUUGCUACUUUUGGUGAUGUAAUUAGAACAUCGGUUGUAUAUUGCAAUUUUUUGCGAACAAUGACUAUGUAA